UUUUGCGACGCUUUGCAGCGGUAAAUUUCUCACUGCUUAUGUAUCACUCGCGUCCUGCAGGUCUCUCAGGCCUGUGUCAAGUCACUGAUCACCUUUAUCUCAGUAAUGGCAGAGCAGCCAGUGAUUCCGCACAGGUGACACGGUGUGAAAUAACCUGCGUCGUCAACGUUACUGAGACCAGGAGCAGCUGCGCGGCUUCUCCUCCCGGGGUGGAGUACAUCCACAUCCCGGUCUCUGACUCCCCGGUGUCUCCUCUCAGCGAUCACUUUGACGAGGUGGCAGAUAAAAUAGAGCUCACAGCAGAGCGCGGAGGCCGCACGUUGGUGCACUGCAACGCCGGCGUGAGCCGCUCCGCCGCCCUGUGCAUGGCCUAUCUGAUGAAGCACCGCGGUGUGUCUCUCCUGGACGCCCACAGGUGGGUGAAGACCUGUCGACCCAUGGUGAGGCCGAAUAAUGGCUUCUGGAGGCAGCUCAUCCGGUAUGAGAUGGAGCUUCGUGGGUGCAACUCUGUCGCCAUGGUUUCCUCCUCCAUUGGCGAGAUACCAGACAUAUAUGAAGAGGAGGCCAGAAAUAUGAUGCCACUAUGAAGACCCUACUUCAGUACGCUACGGAGAGAAGGGGGGACAAAUGUACUGUCACCUGUGUGUAGUGGCAGUAAGAAACACGAAGAGUGCUCCCUCCCGAUUUUUUAUGGACAGUUGUGGAAUUUAACCACGUACAUUUACUCAAGUUCUGUAUUUUAUGCUCCUCAAUAAAUUUCAGAGGAAAAUACUGUACUUUUAACUCCACUGCAUUUGACGACUAUAAUUACAUGUUAGACUUCAGAAUGAGAUGGGCUAGAUAUGAUAUUAUAAUAGUGCCAUAAGAUAAAUCAGUGGUUAGACCAUUUUGCUUUUUGACCACUUAAAAAACAAUGUCUUGUUAGGAUCCCUUGGUCAGUUGGGAACUGUCUGUGAGAAGCCCAAAUAGAGCUAAUUAUAAUAUUAAACUAAAGAGUGCAGUUGCAGAAAAGUUAAAAAAAAAACAAAGAAUUCUUCUUCAUUAAUCAUCUUACUAACCCUUACAUUUAUCUUGUGACCUUUUGGAUGAUUUUUUUUAACCUAAGUAUAUAUGUUUUUUAAUAUGUUUUGAAGGAUCUUGAAUAGGUUUGGUAUGUACUGUAUUCUUUUUAAAUUAUUGCAUUGGUACUUUUACUUAAGGUAUCUGAAUGCAUCUACUACCACUGAUUAAAGCCAGGCCAUGAAUUACUGAAGCAGCUGUGAUAAUGAAGGCAGUUCAGGAAUGCAACUCAUCUGAG